UGACAAAUAAAUUUAUGAAAGAUAAAUCUCCUAAUCGAUCAAACGAAUCCUUGAAUUGAAAAAAAAAUUAAUCAACACUCAUAUUCCACUUGUCUUUCUCUGUCAAUGACGUAUUUAUCGAAAUCAUACUGCCUACUGCUUCAUGGACAAUAAAUACAUGAAUAACAUAUAGUUAUUGUAUUUCACGAGGUAAUAAACGCUUCGUAUUUUCCAAGUGCGAAUAACUCAUUAGGAUGCAUACGUGGGGUGGGACUCUGUAUUGGUUGUGAUAAUCAUUAAUUCUCUAUGGAUUCUGUCAGUUGUAUUUCUUGCUUCAGAACCGACUGGUGCGUUUCUAACACAUAUUGAAGCUUCGAGAUAAACCGUUAACAAAAGUCAAGUAAUUUUGUAUUUGAAGUGAUAAAUCGAAAGCCUAAUUACAAUUGGGUUUAGUCACAGAUUAAUUUAGAGAAUUUAUGAGAAAUUAACUUUCACUUUUCUUGUCUGGCACUUCUUAUUAAUCUGCAAGAAUCGAGAGCUUUUUUGAGAAAUCGUGGAAUAGGAUCGAGAUCCAUUGACGAGAUUAGAAGAUUGGGAUCAGCCGGUGAUUUGUUUGAUAAGGAAUCGCAGAGUGAACUCUCUCUCUCUUAAUGUGAUUGAGUGAUUCAUUUGGACGGAAUUUAAUGCAGAAAGACCGGCCCUUCAGUUGGUUCAGCAAACACAAAAGAUACCUGUGUCUCGCGGGUAGCAAUGCGUCGAUUCUCGCUGAGUACAGAGUUUUCGGAAUCCACCCGAAUAAUGAUCCAGCAGGCACAAUAUACCCGCGGAAUAGAAUUAAAUCUAAUAAGUACACGGUUUGGAACUUUAUACCGAAGAAUCUAUUCGAGCAAUUCCGGAGGGUAGCCAAUUUUUACUUCCUCGUAUCUGCGAUAAUGGCUGUUUCGAUCGAUUCACCAGUUUCUCCCCUAACGACUUUUUUACCGCUCCUCUUCGUUAUUCUCGUGACCGCUUGUAAGCAGGGCUAUGAGGAUUUCCUACGACAUCGCUCGGACGGUCGAGUCAAUUGUACUCCAGUUACAGUAGUUAGAAAUAAAUGUGUUCAAGUGGUCCACUGCGAGCAAAUUGUCGUCGGUGACUUAGUCAAAGUCUCCAGAGAUGAAGAAGUACCUUGUGAUCUUAUUUUACUCCACAGUAGUGAGUCCAACGGCUGUUGUUACGUUACAACGUCGAAUUUAGAUGGGGAAACUAAUUUGAAAACCAUUCAAGUACCCAAGUUUACUGUUCAAAAAUCUCUGGAGGAAAUUACAACGAUGGAAGCUACGGUUACCUGCCAACACCCACUCGCUAACUUGUACGAAUUCUUUGGGAAUGUGGAGGUCAAGUUCAGUGAGGAUGAAUUGAUCAGUGGAUCUUUGACGAUCGAUAAUGUUCUCCUUCGAGGAUCAAGGCUGAAGGAUACUGACUUCGUGAUUGGAGCCGCUGUGUACACCGGAAGGGAUACGAAGCUAUCUCGGAAUUCAAAGAAUAAUCCGAAUAAAUUUUCUACUGUGGAGAGAACUAUCAAUAAUUAUCUAAUCUUCUUCAUCUUCGUGAUGGUUUUCGAGAUCAUGGCAUCAACGCUUUUGAAGGAAUUGAUUGCAGUCAAUGAAGAAUGGGAUAGUUAUCUUGGCGAAUCUGAUUUUGUGAAUUUCUCGAAGCUAUUGAAUGAUGUACUCACUUUCACUGUGCUGUACAAUUAUCUGAUACCUAUAUCUCUCUACGUGACAAUUGAACUUCAAAAAUUUUUGGGCUCUUAUUUUUUCCGAUGGGAUAAGGAGAUGUACGAUGAAAGGGAAGGUGUCUAUCCACUGGUAAAUACAUCAGAUUUAAAUGAAGAACUCGGCCAAGUGGAAUAUCUCUUCACCGAUAAAACCGGUACACUCACAGAGAAUUUGAUGGUCUUCAGGCGAUGUUCGAUAGAUGGAAAGAUGUAUUUGGAGAAGGACUGCAACGGAAAACUGUAUUUAAUUCCUGAGAAUGGAGACAAUAGAGAAGCUGAGAAAAUUCAGACAUGGCCCGCUGAAAUUUGGCACUUCAUGAUUGCACUUUCGCUCUGUCAUUCCGUUCACGUCGCUCCUCCCAUUCUUAUGAAAAGCAUAGCAGCGAAACGAACAGCAUUUCGAGAGAGCUUUAGGCAGAGAUCGAUAACUAGGGUCAAUAGUUCUCUCUUGAUGGAUCCAGGGUUACCAGAAUAUCAGGCGGCUUCAGCUGACGAAAAAGCUCUUGUUGAAGCCACAGCCAGAUGUGGCGUUAUAUUAACUAAAUACAGUGGCGACGAAAUUGAGCUUAAAAUUGGAGAGAAGGUGCUUUUCUUUACAAAGUUAGAAAUAUUGGAAUUUACUUCUGACAGAAAAAGAAUGUCAGUAAUUGUAGAAGAUUCUGCUGGAGAUCUUUGGUUGUACAGUAAAGGAGCAGAUACAGAGAUGCUGCCACUAAUUGCUGACGGAAAAGUCAGAGAGGCAAAAAUACAUUUGGCAGAUUUCUCUAAGAGAGGACUCCGGACACUUGUCAUUGCGUACAGAAAGCUCACUAUUUCGGAAUACGAUAUAUUUUCGAUUGCAGUUGAGCAAGCGAGACAGGUGAUUGGAGCAGAACGUGUUCACCGAAUGAACAAGGCUUACCAUUUGAUUGAGAAUAAUUUAACAUUGCUUGGAGCUACGGGAGUCGAGGAUCGAUUACAAGAGGGAGUACAGGAAACUCUGGAGUCUUUAAGAGUAGCAGGAAUUAAGGUUUGGGUUUUAACAGGCGAUAAAGCAGAGACUGCAGAGAACAUUGCCUUCUCCUGUGGACAUUUCAAGAGCGGAACUGAUGUUCUAAAACUCAUGGGGAAGACGACAAUUCAACAUUGUUUUAGCACGCUGACGAGUUUUGAGCGAAGACUGAAAUUAGAACCUUGUAAGCAGUAUGGUUUACUGAUGGAGGGAUGUAGUCUAACAAUUGCAAUGAAACAUUGUCCAGAGUUAUUGAGAAUCGUUGCUAUGUCCUGCGAUGCUGUCGUUUGUUGUCGAAUGUCCCCACUUCAGAAAUCCGAAAUUGUUCAUCUGGUCAAGAAUGCAAAGAAACGUCCACUCACUGCAGCUAUUGGUGACGGAGGGAACGAUGUUUCUAUGAUUCAAGAAGCUCAUGUAGGCCUCGGAAUUAUGGGGAAGGAGGGAAGACAGGCUACAAUGAGUGCGGACUUUGCAUUUUCGAAGUUCAUGCAUCUACGUAAAGCACUUCUCGUCCACGGCCACUGGUACUACAUUAGACUGAGUAUAUUAACGCAGUACUUCUUCUACAAAAAUAUCGUCUUCAUUACUCCGCAAUUGUUAUUUGGAUUCCACAGUGGAUUUUCUUCUCAGGCUCUCUACUCUAGUAUUUUCCUGAUGGGUUUCAAUUUAUUUUUUACGUCUCUCCCUGUCCUGAUGUUUGGACUAUGUGAGCAAGAUUAUUCAGCAGAAACAUUGAAACGUUUUUCCCAGUACUAUUUACUGAAUAAAAAAAACUAUCUACUGUCUAUUUAUCAGACGAUCAUUUGGCUCGUCACAGCUAUAUGGCAAGCAUCUGUGAUUUAUUUUGGUGUCUACUUUUUUUGGCGCAUCAAUCCUGUUAAUCUUUACGAUAGUACUGACGCCGGUUAUCACGGUUUCGGGACCUGUAUAUUCCAUCUCGUUACUCUAGUCACUAACUUACAGAUAUUUUUGCGGAGUUAUUUCUGGACUUUUCCGUUUUUGGCUAGUAUUGCCUUUUCGGAAUUUACGUUCUUCGUAAUGACACUGCUUUAUUCUUCUCUGGAUCCAAAAUUUAGUGGAGAAAUGUAUUGGCUAUUUUAUAAGCUCUGCAUGUCUCCAACUUUCUGGCUCCUGACAAUGAUUAUCCUACCGAUUUGUCUCAUACCCACCUGUUUCGUGGGUCUGUACGACAGAUCGAGACCAGCAAAGUUGAGUUAUCAGGCUGAAAGAGAGGAGAAUCUUCAAGAUACCUACAGUGAAUGGAGUGUACCAUCGACAGAGGCAAGAAGAUUUAACUUCGUUCCAUGGCGGCGGAACUUCUCCUUCAGAAUAGCGGCAUGAUCGAAAUUAGAAGAUAAGCUCAUCAGUCCAACCGUUCCUCCUUUUCAAGGUAUAAAAUUGAAAUAAUAAAAAAAUGAGGAUAGCAUCACGCCAUUUCCAACGUCCAAUUAUCAUCAUUCUCCUAACAGUUUUGGUCUACUGCAUCAUACAAGUGUUAAGAUCAGAAUUGAGCGCACAAGAGAGUGAUUU